ACCGCCAUUGAUAUUAGUGAGAGAGCGGACUACUCUAGCGUCUAGACUCAUGGCUAUGGUGGCAACUGGAGUUUGCGCAUAUGCCACCGGUUACUCGCCGGUGUUCCGCCGGGACAGGGAGAUGACAUCUUUUAGGCCAAUAUUACUGAAGCAAAGCCGGACUCCGGCAUUUGCUGUAUCCACGUUGUCGGAGCAGGCAUCAACGGUAACUAAUCCCAAGUCAACGCUUCCUCAGAACAAUGGAAAAUUUCAGGAACAAGAAGCGACGAGAAAUGUUUAUGCCAAUAUGGACGAAUUACCGGAGGAAGACGAAGGUAGGAAGAAGCUCAUGGAUUUCUUUGAGGCCUGCAAAGAGUUUAUCGGAUCCGACGGCGGUCCGCCUCGCUGGUUCUCUCCUUUGGAGUGCGGCUGCAGGGUACCGGAUUCUCCCCUGCUUCUCUUUUUGCCUGGAAUUGAUGGCACCGGACUUGGGCUUCUAAUGCAUCACCGGAAAUUAGGAAAGAUCUUUGACAUUUGGUGCUUGCAUAUUCCAGUCAAGGACAGGACAUCUUUUACAGGUAUCCAAUGAUGAGUGUCUACGUACAUGUACAGUCACAUGUUUGUUAAUACAAAUUUUAGUUUUAAUCUUCUGUUUUUCUUAUGGGAUUCAGGCCUAGUGCAGCUUGUUGAAAGUACAGUUAGGUCAGAGUACUCCAGGUCGCCAAAUAGACCAAUAUAUCUU